CCUGAUCAGCUUUUAUUAGGAGGUGAGCUCUAGACUGGACCAGGGGCAAUCACUGGAUGUCAUGUAUCUGGAUUUUUCCAAAGCAUUUGAUACAGUUCCACAUAAAAGGUACCAAACCAAUGCUGUUAACAAUUUAAGUGUUGCCUUUUUCAUGUGGAACAUUGUGUCCACCGUUCUUCAUUUUUCAAAUGCUGGGGAAGGUUCUGACUAUGACUUACAGGAAGUGAUGGACUUUUUGCAACUAAAUCAAAAUUUCAGCAUUAAAGACUUCACCAGAAACUAUGGAUUUUAUAUCAAUAAUAGUACAUUAUUAAAGUGUGAUUUUUUUGGCAUGCCAUGCUACCCAGAGGACUUUGAACAUAUUUUCACAGAAUAUGGAAACUGUUACACUUUCAAUCAUAAUUCGUCUACAUCAAAAAAUAGGGUCAGUACUUCUGGAAGAGGAUUACGUGUACUCUUUGAUAUAAAACAGUCAGAAUUUACCGAUGAUCCAUCACUGGGUUAUGUGGAUGCUGGGAUAACAUUUGUGAUACACUCACCAAAGAUUCCUCCCAGAUUUGAUGGCUUGGGUCUACACUGUCCUGCAGGGAUGCACGCGCAUGCUUCUGUAAGACAUUUCAAGACAAUUACUCAGGAAUAUCCAUGGGGUGAAUGUAAUCCUGAUUUAACACUGGCAUAUAAUGAAUUCUACAACACUUACGGAUGCCUUCAAGAAUGCAAGGCUGCUUAUAUAAAAGAUGAAUGUGAAUGUUUGCCUUUUCUGCUGCCAGGUGUUGGGAAAGAAUGUGAUAUUCAACGAUUUUACAACUGUGUUUCCCCAACAAUUUAUCGAAUUGAGAAGGACGAACUAUGUAGUGUAGGAACAUACAAAUCUACCUGUCCAGUUCCUUGUGAAGAGACAGACUAUCCUACCACUCUCUCAUAUUCAACGUUUCCAAGUAACAAAGCUGCCGAUUAUCUCUCCACUAAACUUAACAAAAAUGCUUCGUACAUGAAAAAUAAUUUAGUCUACAUUGAUGUUAAAUAUCAGGAGUUAAAUUAUAAAAUAACCAAGCAACAGAAAGCUUUGACUUCUAGUGAACUGCUUUCUGAAGUGGGUGGACAGCUGGGUCUCUUCUGUGGGGCAAGCAUGAUAACAGUUAUAGAGGUUCUGGAGUUCCUGUGUACUAACUUCUUCUGGCUGUGUGCCUUCCUCAUCUUGAAACUCCCCAAUAUCUCGCUAUGGACUUCCAGCCAGUCAAGAUAUAAAGAGGAGAGACAAGAAUGCUAAUGACCUGUAUAUUAUGUGUCUUAAGAUAACUAAUGUAUUAACUAAGUGUUUUAAAGUGGUUGCCUGCUGGCAAAAAAAAUUAAAAAAAUUAAUAAAAAAUGUAAUAACC